GUAUAUUUUACCUUUUUAUCUAAACACAGCUACAAUAAAUAAACGGAGUAGACAACCCACUUAGAAAAUAAUUUUAACACAGUUCGGUUAAAAAGCAAAAGAAAAGACACAGCUGCAACUUUGAUCGUUGGUGGUGGUCAUUAUGGCCUCUCCUCCGCUUUGCUCUUUCUGUCACGGCCGCUUUACUUUCUCCUCCUCCAAAACAAUUCAUGAAGUUCUUCUCUAUCUUCUUCUCCUUUCUACAUUUUUGGGCUCUUUACCAAACUCAGUUCUUGGCGAGUGCAAGAACCCGCCAGUCAUAUUCAACUUUGGAGAUUCCAACUCGGACACUGGUGGACUUGUGGCCGGACUCGGUUACUCCAUCAACUUCCCAAAUGGUCGCACUUUCUUCCGCCGAUCGACCGGCCGGCUCUCUGAUGGCCGCCUCAUCAUUGAUUUUCUUUGCCAAAGUGUAGACACAACUUUCUUGAGCCCAUACCUGGACUCAAUGGGAUCCACUUUCUUAAAUGGUGCCAAUUUUGCAAUUGCAGGUUCUUCCACAUUACCUAAAAAUGUACCUUUCUCAUUAAAUAUACAGGUCAUGCAGUUUGUUCAUUUCAAGGAUCGCUCUAUUCAACUGGUUGCUGCAGGUUCAUUGCACUUCAUAGGUGAUGCAGGUUUCCGCAACGGGCUUUAUGUGAUUGAUAUAGGACAAAACGACCUGGCUGAUUCAUUUGCUAAGAAUCUAUCCUACAAGGAAGUUGUGAAGAAGAUUCCCUCAGUUAUAUUGGAGAUUAAAUAUGCUGUGGAGGACAUAUAUGCUCAAGGUGGCAGGAAAUUUUGGGUCCAUAAUACAGGGCCACUGGGAUGUCUUCCUCAAAAACUGUCAACAGUUCAAAAAGCUCCAGAUGACCUCGAUCCAUAUGGUUGUAUUUCGAGCUAUAAUGAUGCUGCAAGAGUUUUCAAUGAAGCUCUUCUUCUUCUGUGCGAAGAAUUGAGAUAUGAAAAGAAGGAUGCUACUAUUGUUUAUGUAGAUGUAUACACUAUCAAAUAUGACCUGAUAGCCAACUCCACCAAAUAUGGAUUUUCAUCUCCCCUCAUGGCGUGUUGUGGAUUUGGAGGACCUCCAUAUAACUAUGAUAUUAGGGUGACAUGUGGUCAUCCAGGCCACCAGGUCUGCGAUGAAGACUCAAAAUACGUAAGUUGGGAUGGAAUCCAUUAUACUGAAGCUGCAAACAGCAUCAUAGCCUCAAAAAUACUUUCCACUGAUUAUUCUACUCCAAGAAUUGCCUUUGAUUAUUUCUGCAACUGACUCCAGCAUGUUGUAUAUCCAUAAUUGUGCAUGCAAUGCUCAAUGUACCAUCCCAGUUCUUUGGAAAUUUGGGUAUCUGAUAUCUUGUUCGAUUAAGUAAAAAAUUGUCCUGCAAA